AUGAUCUCGGCAAUUCAGUGGAUCCGUAAGGGCGCUGCUCAACAGCACCCCGAGAAAUACAACCUCGAUGAGAAGGAGUAUGAGAGAAUUAGCCACCUUGCUGCAGAACAGCUCGAGGACGCUCAGAAAGAUUUGAACGAGGCUCAAGGCAUGUCUGUCGAUGCUGCCCCUAAGAAGGCUGCUGUUGGUACUGGAAAGGACGAUGACCUGUCAGAAUACAACUUGGACUCUUAUGAUGCUGAAAUCGAGGCCGACAAGAACAAGAAGGUCGGUAUCUUCUCCAACAUCAAGGACCUUGCCUACCACGCCAACGAGAGUGAGGACCCUUACAUUACCCUCAAAAACAGUGUAGAUGAGGCUGAUGAACGUCAGGAACUCGAGGUUCUCCCCACCGACAAUAUGCUCUUGGCUGCCAAGACCGAAGAUGAUAUUUCUCACUUGGAAAUCUACGUUUUUGAAGAAAAGGAAGACAAUCUCUACGUUCACCACGACAUCAUGCUGCCUUCUUUCCCUCUCUGCUUAGAAUGGCUCGACUUCCACACUGGCCCCAAGGCUGGCAGAGAAACCACCGGAAACUAUGUAGCCAUCGGUACCUUUGAGCCCGAUAUUGAGAUCUGGGAUCUUGAUACCGUUGACAUCAUGUUCCCUUCUGCUAUUCUCGGUCACACCGACAAGACCAAGAAGAGAAUGAAGAAGGUUAAUGACAAGUAUCACGUCGAUGCUAUUAUGGAUCUUUCAUGGAACAAGAACCACAGAAACUUUAUAUUGUCUUCUUCCGCAGAUACCACUGUGAAGCUGUGGGAUUUGACUACAUCUACUUGUGUCCAAUCUUACAAGCACCACAAAGACAAGGUCCAGUCUGUGUCAUGGCACCCUGUUGAGCCUACUGUCUUCUUGACCGGUUCAUACGACAAGUCUGUGUGUGUAUUGGAUGCACGAUCCCCUGGACAGCAGUCCAAAUGGAAGCUCUCUAGCGAUGUAGAGUCUCUCCGUUGGGAUCCUCACAACCCUAGCAACUUCUAUGUUGCUAUGGAAGAUGGUUUGAUUCAAUACUACGAUGUCCGCAACGUAACAAAUGGUGUCGGGAACAAGGCUCUCUUUACUCUCCAGGCUCACGAUGGUGCCGUCAGUGCUUUGGAUGUGAACCCCAUUGUUCCCGGCUGCAUUGCUACUGGUGGCACUGACAAGACCAUCAAGGUCUGGAACACAACUGACAACAAGCCUAGCAUGGUUACAAGCAGAAACUUUGAAUUGGGCAAAAUCUUUAGUGCACAGUUCUGUGUUGAUUCACCAUUCCAAUUGGCCGUUGCAGGAUCUAACGGCAAGCUUCACGUGUGGGAUAUGUCAACCAACGCUGGUGUAAGAAACGCUUUCCGUGGUAUUACUGGUGCUGUUGCUGGUGUCGAACCCGUUGAAGAAAAGGCUCCUAUUACACUUCCUGACGAUGAAGAAGAAGAGAGUGAUGAUGAGGAGGAUAUCCCCAUGAAUGAUGAUGAUUUAGAUGAUGAAGACGAUGAGAUGGACGAGGAUCACGUAUAA